AGACACGCUCGUGCCACUGGGGUCGGUCCCGCCGAGAACGGUUGGUCGUCGCCAUGGUGUCUGUAAUUAAUACAGUGGAUACCUCCCAUGAGGACAUGAUACACGAUGCUCAGAUGGAUUAUUACGGCACUCGGUUGGCAACCUGCUCCUCAGACCGAUCAGUGAAAAUAUUUGAUGUUAGGAAUGGAGGGCAAAUUCUGAUAGCCGACUUAAGAGGACAUGAAGGGCCUGUGUGGCAGGUUGCCUGGGCUCAUCCCAUGUAUGGAAACAUCCUGGCCUCCUGCUCCUAUGACCGGAAGGUGAUCAUCUGGAAGGAAGAAAAUGGUACCUGGGAAAAGACAUAUGAAUACACAGGGCAUGAUUCCUCAGUUAAUUCUGUGUGUUGGGCACCGCAAGACUAUGGAUUGAUCCUGGCUUGUGGAAGCUCGGAUGGGGCCAUUUCUCUGUUGAGCUACACUGGUGACGGACAGUGGGAAGUGAAAAAAAUUGGCAAUGCACACACAAUUGGCUGCAAUGCUGUUAGUUGGGCCCCUGCGGUUGUGCCAGGAAGCCUUCUAGAGCAACCCUCAGGCCAGAAGCCCAACUACAUCAAACGCUUUGCAUCGGGAGGCUGUGACAACCUGAUCAAGAUUUGGAAAGAAGAAGAUGGCCAGUGGAAAGAAGAACAAAAACUAGAAGCUCAUAGUGACUGGGUCAGAGAUGUCGCCUGGGCCCCCUCCAUAGGCUUGCCAACAAGCACAAUUGCCAGUUGCUCCCAGGAUGGCAGAGUGUUCAUCUGGACGUGCGAUGAUGCCUCUGGGAACUCCUGGUCCCCUAAGCUGCUGCACAAGUUCAACGAUGUCGUUUGGCACGUUAGCUGGUCGAUCACUGCAAAUAUUCUUGCAGUGUCAGGAGGGGACAACAAAGUAACAUUGUGGAAGGAAUCUGUCGAUGGACAGUGGGCAUGCAUCAGCGAUGUUAACAAGGGCCAAGGAGCAGUAUCUGCUAUUACAGAGGGGCAGCAGAAUGAACAGUGACAAGCUGGUUGCCAGCAAUUCUGGAAUUACCCAUACAAGGAAACAGACAUGAUUUUUACUACUUUUCUUAUUAAAUCAGUUGGUAAACCAGAGCUGUCUUAGUGGAAUACUCAGCAAAAAUGUAUUUUCUGUUGAACAUUGUGUAGCUCUUUUUGGGAAAAUUACAUGCCUCGGUAUUCAUCUUUAGCCUUAAUU